UCCGGGAGACACUGGACGCGAACCUUGUCGCCAGUUCCGAAGCCGCGCGCUCGAGCUGAAGCUGCAGGCCCGUGGCGGGGUCGCUUCCCGCCGCAGCUGGACGACUUCGGGCGCGGGCUGUGGGCUGGCCCCCAGCGUGGUGAAGGCCUUGCGGGUCGUGGGAGGGCAGCUGAGGUGCCUUGGUGCGGCUGGCGACCCAGAGAGCACAGGCGUCCAGCCGGCUGGUGGGAACAGGGGCCGGGGCCUGGGACGCUAGAGCCUAGCGCAAGCGCCAAGCACCGCCUUGGGCUGCUCAAAGCUGGAAGACUUGCUCCCUUGGUCUGAAAAGCCCCUUCCUGCCAUGCUCAGCUUGUGCUUGCUUCCCUAGCCAGAAAGUUACAAGCAGCCGUUCUGUUCUGCAUUCCCUAUCUGCUGAGAGCAUACUUGUGGGAAGAUGUGGCAAGCCAUCCCAGGGCAGGAGACAGGAGUAGCUGGGGGCUGAGUUCACACAGUCUCCCUCCAGCUGAUGAAGCAGGAGGAAGUAGGCAGUUUUUAGUUUCUCUAGGGGCUUUGUUGUUUGUGGCCAUAAUGGAAAAGAAAGGCAGUGAUGACCUGAUAACUAACACACUUCCCAAGAUCAAGAGCUCCAAGGAAUGGCUGGAGCCACAGUCGCUCACUUUCAUGGAGUCCUUAGCUAAAGAAGAUACUGAUGCAGCCAUUCAGUUGAUACUAUACAGAGAAAACUAUAUGAUUAAGGAACUAGACAAACGUUUACUACAUUAUGACUUCCUAAAGGAAAGAAAGAAAGAAAUGUUACAUAAAAGAUGGGUUGACAACGUGGCAGAUCCUCUCCAGAAGAAAAUUUUAGAAAAGAUCGGUUCACAUAAGAAGAUUAAAAAAAGGAGACAAGAGGAACUAGAUGGUUUCUUAAAAUAUGUAAACAAGAAGGGAAAUGCAUUUAUAGAACACUAUGACCCGAAAGAAUAUGAUCCCUUCUGUAUGAGCAAAGAAGACCCCAGUUUUCUGAAGGUUGCCCUCCCACCAUUUCGUGAUCCUCUGAAAAAAGCACAAUAUGAGAAGGAUGAUGCAAAGAGAAUUCUUCUGCAGUGUGAGACUGGCAAAAUGUAUACCAUGAGAGAGUUUAAAGAGGUUGAGAAGGCCCAACUACAUUCCAGAUUCCCAAGAAUUUCCACUUCAAGGCACUUUAUGACUCCGAAUGAGUGGCUUAAACUACCUACAAGAUACAUUGAGAGCGACUUUUGUAAAAGGAGCAGGUUAAAAGUGAAAGUGAAUUUCAAUGAAAGUAGUUUUGACUGGAAGUCCUUGGCAAGAACUCCUCAUCCUCUGGAAUACCAGGAAAAAGAAAAAACAGUGAUUUGCAAGAGCAAAGAGCCAUCCUUUCUGGACAAGCAGCCUAUUUAUUACCAGGAGAGAAAGAUUCCAAGCCUCAAAGAGGCUGACUCUGAAGGACAUGUUUCUCUCUGGAAUGUCAGCCAGGAGCAGAAGAGGGAUGAAGACCGGGACAUGGUGUUAGCAAUCACGAAGGAGGACACAUGCUAAUCCUUGACUGGUGGAGGAGAGCUGAAAGAAGGCCGCUUCAGAGAAAGCUCUCUGCCAGCACGAAUUCUUCAAAGUGAGGACCAAAGGGGUAUUCAAGAAUGGUGCUGCUGCUAAGAAAAGUGCCUGGAAUAAACUUCAUUUAAUCUUUGAGUUCAGUGCCUGUGAUAAUUAAGAAGUGGCAAAAGUAUGUACCAACAGCGAUUCAAUAAAAAUAAUA